AUGCCCUUGGCGCUGGUCAGCCUCCUGCUGAUUGGAAUUGCAGCAUGGGGCAUUGGCUUUGGCCUCAUCUCUAGUUUGAGAGUCGUUGGAGUAGCAAUUGCAGUAGGAAUUUUCCUCUUCCUAAUUGCCUUGGUUGGACUGAUUGGUGCGGUGAAGCAUCAUCAAGUGUUGCUGUUCUUUUACAUGAUUAUUCUUUUGCUCAUCUUUAUUGUACAGUUUUCUGUCUCCUGUGCCUGCUUGGCACUAAACAAGGAACAGCAGAGUCAGCUUCUAGAGGUUGGAUGGAAUAACACAAACAGUGCAAGAGCAGAUAUUGAGAGAAACCUGAAUUGUUGUGGAUUCAGAACCUUUGAUCCCAAUGAAACCUGCUUGUCUGAUUGCUUUAGAAGUCACCAGUGUCAACCGUGUUUAUUGGUAAUAGAAGAAUAUUCUGGAAUGGUGCUGAGAUUUGUUGGAGGCAUAGGACUCUUCUUCAGCUUCACAGAGAUUUUAGGAGUCUGGCUGACCUACAGAUACAGGAACCAAAAGGAUCCCCGUGCAAAUCCGAGUGCAUUUCUUUGAUAAGUUUAUAUGAAGGACUGAAUCUUCUUCCUGUGACCUCUACUUCAACAUAUUAAUUCUCCAUAGUUUCUCAUUUCUCCAUAAUAGGG